GUGUGUGUGUGUCACACGGAGGCUCCUGGACAACAUUUCUCACACGCUUUUUAGGCUAGGAAGACAAAGGACAGUCUCUCUUCUUAGCACAAACAUACCUUUAUUUAAUUUUCACUGUAUAUAUAAUACAGUAUUAAGUUACAAAAAUCUAAAAGACUGAAUGCUACCUUUUUUAUAGCCAUCAUUUACGUUAUAUUCGUAACUGCCACAUUUUAUUCAGCUUUUUAUUUUAUUGGGUGAGAUGAUUUUCUUUGUCUUGGAAAUGUGAAUUUUCUCCUUUGGAAUCGGCUUUCGGACGUCUGAUGUGUGGACUGCAGGGAAGCACUCCUAUGUGGAGGGAAACCCUCGGACCCCACAACGUCUGGUCUGUGGCUAGUGGGAUGAAAUGAAAUCCCCAUGCUGUGAUUGCCAUGGAAACUGGUGACACCCCUUCCAUCUUGAGGCAGGAAAAUGGGCCCUGUCAGACAACACCUCAUGAUAAUGACUUCCUGGAACAAAUCGCUGAGAUGGAAUCAGAUAGGGAGAACAACCUGAGCGUGGCUACAAGGUACAGAGAGAUUGGGUCGGGAUUGGGUGCAGAGAAUGCAGAUGAUACCUGGCUCUUUGCUGCAAAAGAGAUCCCAUGCAAUGAAUGCACCUCCUCCUUCUCAAGCUUGCAGAAGUAUAUGGAGCACCACUGCAUGGGCACUCACACUCUCCACCUUAAGGAGGAGAACGAGAGUGAUGUCAGUGACCUGGAAGAUGGCGAUGUGGAGAACCUGACAGGGGAGAUAAUUUACCGGGCAGAUGGAUCGGCCUUUAUUAUCAAGGACUCUGGCGAAAGCAGCCAGUUCAGCCCAGCUAGAGCCCAAGGCCAUUUCUCCCCAGUGGCAUUAAAGACUUCUCGGACUGCUGGUAGGGACAGGGCUCAACAGCCCAGUGGAGGGCCCAUGGUGAUUUUUCCGCAGGUCAUCAACACUUUCCACAUUGCAACGUCUCUUGGGAAACACUUAGUAGACGACCAGGCAUUCCCAAAUACCUCAACGUUUGCAGGGCCGGUCCUGCACAGUUUCCAUGUGUAUGACCUCCGACACAAAAAUAAUAAAGACUAUCUUAUUGGGGAUGGUGCAGCCAAAAACUACUGUGUCUCCAAAGAUGUUGCCAACAAUGUGGACCUGUCAGAGUUUGAUGGCUGCAUAAGUGAUGGAAAGAGGAAGCCCGUUUUGAUGUGUUUCUUGUGCAAGUUGUCUUUUGGUUACGUAAAGUCAUUUGUAAGCCAUGCUGUGCAUGAUCACAGGAUGACCCUCAACAAGGGGGAGCAGAAGCUUCUAGCUUUUAAGUAUGUCUCUGCUAUCAUACAAGGGAUUGGAAAAGACAAGGAACCUCUGUUAAGCUUUCUAGAACCAAAAAAACUGAACUUGGUUGUACCCCAUUUUUCUGCCGCAGACCUCAUAAGUCCCACUUCUGGCUUUAAUGGUUUGUGGAAGACGUUUGAUGUGGAAAAUGGAAAAUCUCUGCAGGGUUGCCUUGCCUUUUUGAGGCAAAGUGGGAGCCCUGCGGUCGUAACAGAUGCACCACUCAGGAAUGCAGAGAUGUCAAAGGCUGGGGUGAACCUUGAGGAACUGGUUAGUUCAACCACUGACCCCCCUAAUAGUUCAAGGGCUCACUUCAGCCUGCUGUCAGGUUCAAAUCGCCUGGAGCAGGAGAGCAGCACUUUGCAUUCAAAUGGGACAUUUCAUAUCAAAAGUGAGCCCCAGGAGCUGGGUCACGAGGACAAGGAUGAAGGGGAUUACUCAAACGAGCUUGAUGGUGAUGAAGAAAUUGGAGACCUUGAAGGUAGCACCACUAGCAGAGAUUUUCCUCUUUUAAACCAACGCAUAUCUCCUUCAUCAACCUCUUUGUUAAAAUACAGUGAAAAGGGUACUUCUUCACCUUUUCUGACUGUUUCUGAUGAUUUAGAAAGGACUAAAGAGCUUUUUGUAGUUGGGGACAGUAGCAAUGACAACAGUAACCAUAGCAGAAGUGACAGAGAUUGCUUUGACCUUACUAAGGUUCAGGGCGGCAGUCCAUUCUCUCAUUCGAACCAUCUCAUACAAAGGGUUGACGAGGACCCUAAUCUUUCUCACCAGCACACUGCUACGCUAGGCAACCCCAAUGCUGGGAAUGAUUUCCCUGGCAACGGCAUUGAAUGUCCCAAGUGUGACACCGUUUUGGGUUCAUCCCGCUUGCUUUGGGGGCACAUGACAAUGAUGCACUUGCGGAAUUCGUACAAAACGCUCAAGUGCCCCAAAUGCAACUGGCACUACAAAUACCAGCAGACGCUGGACACCCACAUGAAGGAGAAGCAUCCAGAGUCUGGGGGCUCCUGUUCCUACUGUGGAACAGGACAGCCCCAUCCACGGCUUGCGAGGGGUGAGAGCUACACCUGCGGGUACAAGCCAUUCCACUGUGAAGUCUGCAACUACUCCACUACCACUAAGGGUAACCUCAGCAUCCACAUGCAGUCAGACAAGCACCUGAACAAUGUUCAGAGCCUGCAGAAUGAUGGCAAUGACGCGGCCCUCAGCCGAUCCAUGCCUCAGACGCUUGCAUCUGGCACGCCGUCCCCACCAUCUAGGUCACUGAAACAGAGUCCUGCUUGGUGCUGUGAGGUGUGUGACUAUGAGACUGGGGUAGCCCGCAACCUGCGUAUCCACUUGACCAGCGAGAAGCACAUGCAUAACGUGGUAAUGCUCCAGCAGAAUACAAAGCAGAUCCAGCAUACUCUGGGCCUGAGCCUGGGCCUGGCAUCAACAGAGGUUGACUUUUACCAGUACUACCUGGCCCAGAACCUCGGUCUGACCAGUGUGAAGCUGGAGAACUCUGCUGACCAGCAGAUGAGGAUCAGCCCCUCCCAGCUUGAUCCCUCUAUGAGUGCUGAGGUUGCCCCUUGUCUUGUGAAUAAUGAGCUGUCACAGGAGACCUCUCUAGUGGGUAGUCAACUCAUGGGCAGCAACGUGUCCACCCCGGACAAACAUCCUUUGCCAUGCCACAGUGAUACCCAGCUAAAGCUCUUUCAGUGUGCUGUGUGCUCCCACUUCACCACGGAUAGCCUGGAGGCCCUGGUGAACCAUGCCAUGGCGGAGCGUUUGCUGCCCGAGGAGGAGUGGCGCACCUCUCCUGGUGGUGAUCUCCACCAGUGUCAGCUGUGCGGCUACAGCACGCAAGUGUGCACCAGUUUUCAGCUGCACUGUGAGACCGAGAAGCAUGUGCAGAGGUAUCAGCUGGCAGCGCACAUGCGUGAGACUGGCGGCCCUGGCUGUUGGAAGAUGAAGAGCACUGAAAUUGUUGAUCCCAUGCAGCUCAGGUGCAUCGCGUGCAACUACCAUGGUAACAGUGUGGAAAAGUUCCAUCUGCAUGCCACCAGACCGCAGCAUGAAGCAGCCGUAAGAAUCUACAAGUACUUGGAAAAGCAAGAGCGAGUACCAAACUCGGGAUCGUACAACUACCACUGCGUCGUGUGUAACUACUCCACUGUCGUGAGGCUGGAGCUGCUGCAGCAUGUCUUCUCCUCACGGCACCAGCAGGCUGACGGACUGCGGAAGCUCCGUGUGCGGCAACAAGGUGGCACUUCAAACGGUGACGAAUUAAGUGAGCUCUUCCUUGUCAAGGAUUGCCUGUCAAAGGUGUCAAAAGAGCCAGCAUGGCAGCAGAAAACAAGCAUCCAGACACUCAGAGACUUCGUGCCUUAUGAGAUGGACAGUAUUGUUGGAGAGCGCACUGAGCCACUUGCCCUGCGUGAAGCUGCCAGCAUAGACUUCAAUGACAAGAGUAGUCAAGAAGCUAAGAAGACUGAGAAAGAAUUCAGACUAUAUACAGCGCCUAAAGACCAUCCAGAGGCAGAAUCCGGAAAGGGUUUACCAUUCCAAGAAAAAGAAAAUGAUGCCACACAAAACACAGCAACAUCUGGCGAGAAAAAGACCAUCAGCACUGGUCAGACCUGCCAGUGCCCAUAUUGUAACUUCAGCAGCAAGGAUCCAAACAGACUACAAAUGCACAUCUCGUCCCAGCAUUCUUUGCAGCCAGUUGUCCACUGCCCGCUGUGCCAAGAUGUUCUCAGCAACAAGAUCCACCUCCAUCUCCAUUUGACACACCUCCAUAGUGUGGCUUCUGACUGCGUAGAGAAACUACUGCUGACUGUGUUAGGAGGAGAUGUUGCAAUGCCCAAUAAAAUUAAGCCUGUAAGUGGUAAAGAUAAACUCAUGGAGACUUCAUAUAUUAAAUCAGAUGGGUCUGGAAAAUCUGGAAAAACUGGGGACUGCAUUAGUUAUGAAAAUAAAAACACCACACAAGACAAUACAAAGUACAAAGAAAGCUUUCAGAAAGAGGAGGAGAUGCUGUGGAAGGAUAGCUUACGAUCAGAAGAAUGUGACAAGGCCAGCGCAAAAGGCCAAGCAAGCCCUGACCCCUUGACAAAGCCUUUGGGUCUACUGCAGAAACAACACUCGGUUCGCAUCUCUGACCAUCAGAUGCCCAAGCACUGUUGCAACCUCUGUGGCCAAGUCUUCAAUACUGUGCAGAAACUUCAGAUCCAUUCCCAAUGCCACACUAACCAGACAUGCAAUCUUUGCCAGAUCAGUUUCCCUUCACUCCCCAUCCUUAGGAAGCACUUGGAGAUUAGUCACACAGAGCUGUGUGAAGCAGACAUCAGGCAGCUGUGUGGAAGCCCAGCCAUUAAUGGGGAUGUGUACUCUGAAAGUAACACUAAGGCUUUUGACAAAACUCCAGCUCAUCAGCAUCGACUGGAAAAAGAGGAUGGACAAGAUCAGGAAGUGAAGGCCAGCCCCACAGAGAGUGGUGGUAGCUCUUUGCUAGAAGAAAUGGGUUCUGAACCAAAGCAGGCUUUACUGCCCUUUAGGAAAGGACCAGAUUUUUACAUGGAGAAGUUUUUAGAUCCUGCACGUCCAUACAAGUGUUCUGUAUGCAAAGAGUCAUUUACCCAAAAGAAUAUUCUUCUGGUUCACUAUAAUUCAGUGUCACACUUGCACAAGCUAAAGAAAGUGCUGCAUGAGGUCUUGAUCCCAGUUCCACCAGAGGCCAACAGAAAUAUUGACAACAAACCAUACAAGUGCAACAUUUGUAAUGUAGCUUAUAGCCAAAGCUCAACUCUUGAGAUUCACAUGAGAUCUGUACUUCACCAGACAAAAACAAGGACUGCCAGAAGAGAAAGCAACAGUAGAGCUGUGAAUGGAAACAGUGUAACUGCACCAAGUUCCCAUCAUUGCUUGACUCCACCAAGCCCAGUCUCUGUUGGUCAUGGAAGCAUAGACUCAAGUUUACCAGUGUCUAAUAACAAUGAAAUGAAGAUAGAAGCCAAAGACGGAAUCAGAAAUAGGUCCAUGGAGCAAGCUCCUGUCCAGCCCGCACAUUCACCAGUACAGGUUCACAUGCCAGUCCAGCAUGAACUACAGCAACAAGCUGCAUUCUUUCAGCAUCAGCUUAUCAACCCUGCCUUCUGGGCUCACUUUCCCAUGACCCCUGAGGCAUUACUGCAAUUCCAGCAGUCCCAGUUCCUGUUCCCAUUCUACAUCCCCAACACUGAGUUCAGUUUUGGCCCUGAAGUGGCUCUGCAUUCUGCUACAUUAGGGAUCCCAGGCAAAACGGGACCUUUGCAGCAGGAUAUCAAGCAGCAGUUGCAGCGACAGCUCCAGAUGUCACAGCAGAAGCUCCAGCAACAAGAAACCCAUACACAGCCCCAGCAACAGAAAACACAACAACCAACUUGCAAGCCAAAGGUCGACAAUAAUAAGUCAGUCUCCUCUGAAAUUUUUCAUUGUAAGAACACUGAAGAGAAGCUGGAAGCUAAUGACAGAAAGCAGGACAGCCAGAUCAACAAUGACUUUGUAGUGGGCAGCAAAAACAUCAAAAAACAGAAGCUGUCAGAGCCUCUCAAUUCCCCACCACGCAUUGUUUUAGGAGCCAAUGGUAAUGCAGCUAAGGCAUUACUGGAGAACUUUGGCUUUGAGUUGGUGAUCCAGUACAAUGAAAACCGACAGAAAAACCAAAAAAAAAAUCGAAUUGGAAAGGAAGAGACACAUAAUAAAUAUGAAUGUGGAAUGUGUGGAAAACUCUUCUCCAACCUUCUCAUCCUUAAGAUUCACCAGGAGCAUGUUCAUGGACAAUUAUUUCCAAAUGGAGAGUUGGAAAAAUUUGCACAACAGUAUAGAGAGGCUUAUGAUAAAUUAUAUCCAAUAGAUUCACCAUUACCAGAGGCUUCCUCACCACCUCCUUCCUUACCUUUCCAACCUUCUCAGCCACCAUCACAGCCAGCCCUUAUUGCUGUUAAAACGGUUCAGACCCCUCCAGCCCCUGGAGUCCAAGCUCCUCAGUCAUUGCCGCCACCACCACCUCCUCCACCUCCUCCAUCUGCUAAUGCCCCAUCUCAGCUGCCUUCCUUAGACCAGCAUCUUUUCCCACCGCUGAUGAUGCCGCAUCCUGGCUUGCCACCACAGCUUGCUCUCCAACUUCCCUCCUUAGAUUCAUUAUCUCAGGCACAGCUCUCACAACUCUGCCAGCAACAGCUAGGAAUGAAUCCAGAUUUUCUCAGGCAAUCACAAUUCAAGCGUCCGCGUACACGUAUCACCGACAAACAGCUGAAAGUUCUUCGCACUUACUUUGAUAUCAGCAAUUCGCCAAAUGAAGAACAGAUCCAGGAAAUGGCAGAGAAAUCCGGCCUCCAACAGAAAGUGAUAAAACAUUGGUUCAGGAACACCCUCUUCAAAGAGAGGCAGCGAAACAAAGACUCCCCUUACAACUUUAACAUUCCUCCUGUCACUACUUUAGAGGACUUCAGACUAGAACCUCAGUUUAGCGCACUGGAGUAUUAUAAAACAGAUGGCACAACGAAUAAGAGAUCCUCAAGGACUCACUUCACAGACUACCAGCUAAGGGUUCUGCAGGACUUUUUUGAUACUAAUGCUUACCCUAAAGAUGAUGAAAUUGAACAGCUGUCUACUGCUCUCAAUCUGCCAACUCGAGUUAUCGUUGUCUGGUUCCAAAAUGCUCGUCAGAAGGCUCGCAAAACUUAUGAGAAUCAGACAGAUGCUAAAGACAGUGAAAAGGAGAAGACAAAUGAGCGUUAUAUUAGGACCAGCAGUAUGCAGUAUCAGUGCAAAAAGUGCACUGUGAUUUUCCUACAUAUUUUUGACCUCAUCAGCCACCAGAAAAAGCAGUGUUACAAAGAUGAAGAUGAUGAUGGAAAAGACAAUGGGAAAACUGAAUUUAUGGAUACUGGGGGACAAAAAACACAUAAGGUCUCAGGACUGGCUGAUUCAUUUAAAACACCCAUCAUAACAGCCACCAAGUCUGGGUCUAGCUCUCCAGUAAUGCUUUCACCACAAAGUGGCAUAGGAAAGAUUUCACCCAAGCCUGACUUCAUGAAAGAAAAGCCAAAGCAAGUUGACACAGUUUCUUCUCAGGGGUCAGCUUUUCUGCCAGAGACACGACCCUCCCAGACAUCAACUUCUCAGUAUCAACAGCAAGUCACUACACAGCAUCAGGUGGGGAGGCCUCAGUCGCAACCUCGAUCAAAUGCAAUUACAUCUAGACCUUUGGCAAUUUCCUCCCUCAAAAACAGUUUACCUCUUCAGAUUUUCCAGUUCCAGUGUGACCAGUGUAACAUUAUAUUGCCAUCUGCGGAGCUGUGGCAGGAACAUCAUCACAUGCAUUUCCUGGCAACUCAAAACCAAUUUUUCCACACACAUUUCCUAGAAAGAGCUUCAGAGAUGCCAUAUAUGAUAUUUGACCCAAAUAAUCCCUUCAUGAAAGGGCAGCUACUUUCUGGAACCUUUUCUCAGAUGGCAGCACACAACAAUUUAGCCCUCACUUCAUUCUCUGGUUCCAUUUCAAACACAGUGAAACGCAAGGGUGAGGAAAAAGAGGAUAGUGAGAAAGACAGUGGAACCAGUUCUGAAGACCAACACAGAGACAAACGUCUCAGGACCACCAUUACCCCAGAACAACUCGAAGUCCUCUAUCAGAAGUAUCUCCUUGAUUCUAACCCCACUCGAAAAAUGUUAGAUCACAUUGCUCUUGAAGUGGGCCUGAAGAAAAGAGUGGUGCAAGUCUGGUUUCAGAACACCCGUGCCAGAGAAAGAAAAGGACAGUUUCGAACCAUUGGACCUCCACAGUCACAUAAAAAAUGUCCCUUUUGUAGAGCAUUAUUCAAGGUUAAGUCUGCUCUUGAAAGCCACAUAUGCUCUCAACAUUGGCAUGAAGCUAAACAGGCAGGUUUUAGCUUGCCACCAAGCCCUCUAGUGACACAAGAAGAUGAAGCAGAGAGCCCAAACAAGUGUCAUAACUUUGAAUACCCACAACUGUCUAUGAAGGCUGACACAAGUAAGUAUGAACUUCCAAUUACUUCUUUCACCCCAGUCAAACCACUUCAAACACAGCUAAAAGACUUCUUGAGUCCUUGCUUGGUUAAGUUUGAAAACAGCCAUGACUGUGAAAAGCUUAGUAUCAAUUCUGCAGAUGUCACCAGUGACCAAAACAAGACAGAUUUUAAUGAGACAUCUUCUGUUAACACUGCUGUCAGUGAUGUUACAACUGGAGAUGAGACACACAAUGAUAAUGAAAGUGUAAGUGGCAAUGGAGUUGAAAAGCUGGCUGAAGGCAAAAUUAACAGUUCCCAGUUUCCUGGUGCCUAUGAUGAACAGUUUUUAUUUAAAAGGGUGAGCCCUUCCUUGAGUUUCUCAGGUAAAGAAAAUGAGCAGCAUUACACCAUGCAGGAUGAGCAAGAUGACAAUGCAGACCAGAGUGAAGCUUCAAGCUUAGCAGAUCCAAGCUCACCCAGCCCUUUUUGGGGUGGCAAUACCAUCAAAACUGGAAAGACAGGUGGAGAGAAGCUUGGUAACAAGCGCUUCAGAACCCAGAUGAGCAACCAGCAAGUAAAAGUUCUCAAAGCGUGCUUCAGUGACUACCGUACACCGACUAUGCAGGAAUGCGAGAUGCUGGGCAAUGAAAUAGGACUUGCCAAACGGGUUGUGCAAGUCUGGUUCCAGAAUGCCCGUGCAAAGGAAAAAAAAUUGAAAAUAAACAUUGGCAAACCUUUUAUGAUCAGUCAGAACUCACCAAAUGGACCAAGGCCAGAGUGCACAUUGUGUGGCACAAAGUACUCUUCUAGGUUUCCCAUUCGUGAUCACAUUUUCUCAAAGCAACACAUUGCUAAAGUGCAAGAGACACUAGGGCAGCAGACUGAUAAAGAAAAGGACUUUCUCACACCCACAACUGUCCGACAGCUAAUGGUGCAGCAGGAACUAGACCGCUUGAAGAAGGCAACAGACAUUCUUGGCAUGGCAGCCCAGCAGCAAGGAGUGAGUGAAAAGAAUGCUGUUCAUGACCACAACAGUUUAACAGGCUGCCCAGGAAUCUAUGGACUCUCAUCUGUACAACUGCCUGGGAUGAAUGGACCCUCUUCCCUCCCCAUUUUUCCACCAAGUACACCUUGUUUAACCUCCACUAGCACUGGCAUACUUGGGUUUCCUUCUCCAGCCGCACCUUCUACUGCCAGGCCCCUCAGCAGUACUCUAACCAAGACAGUUUUGCAAAUUACAUCACAUCCAUCCCCUGUUAAUCCCUCUUUGUUGACAAGUCACCUGACUGAUGAAAAGUGCAAAGAAUCAGAGAUUGAAAAGAAGUGUGAUACUUCCCAGAUGGUCAAAGAGCAGCCCAAAAUCAAAAAACAAAUGAAGCCUUCACUUGGGCUUUUAGCUAUGGGAAAAGGAGGAAUUGAGGUGCCUGUCGACAUAGCACAGCUGCAGGUACUUCAGAAUGCUGUUGCCAGCGAUGUUGGGUCCUUUUUAGGAGGGCAGUUUCUGCCUUACUUCCUCCCUGGGCUGGCAUCAUGUCUUUCAGGACAGCUUCCAAGUGCGAUGCAAGGUGUAUACUUGCCAUCCCUGUUUGGAGUUGAAAGCCUUUUCCCUUAUGGCUCAAUUGUGCCACAAGCUAUCCCAGGUCUCUCCCCCACGGCCAUUCUGCAGUAUCAGCAAUCCUUCCAGGACUCCCUGCAGAGACAACAGCAAAAGCAACAGCAACAGAAGCAGAAGGAGCAAGAACAACAGGAGCAGAAGCCCCCUAUGACUAAACCAUUCGGCAAGCAGAAAGAUACCUUCCAAGGAUCACACAAAAAGGAUGAAAGCUGUUCAAUGGAAAGCACAAAAGAGGAGCCCCAGAGUCAUACCCAAAUCCAAGAUGUUCUUGAUGCUUUUAUCAUUCCAUCUGUUAUGCAAGAGUUCACGUGCAGGAAGUGUCAGUUCACAUUUUCCGAUGAGGAGUCGGUCAGGCGUCACCAAAAGUGUUUCUGUUAUUUUGGUCAACCCUUUCCUGUGCUGCAAGAUGCCAUGCUACAUGAAGUGGUGAGCAAGUACGAUUGUCUGGCCUGCAGCGUAUCACUUAGUGGGAAUGAAGCGCUUAGUCAGCACCUGCAGCUGAGCUCACACAAGGAAAAAACAAUCAAACAAGCAAUGAGAAAUGCCAAAGAGCAUGCUAGAUUAUUACCUCACUCUGUCUGCUUCCCUAACCUUAACGCCACAUCUACCUCGCAUUCUGCAGCUCCUUCUAAUAACACCUAUCCACAACUUUCCCACUCAAAACCCUGGCCCAGUGUUCCUUUCCAGGCGCCCACCGGAAAAGUGGCUUCUGCCCUCUCCCCAACCAUCUCAUUGCCUUCAACUGUUACCUCAAGUCUGUGCAGCACCUCAGGGCAUCAGACCUUGAUAGCCACUGGAAGCUGUUCAGAUGAGUCUGAUGGUGAGCUAAGCCAGAAGUUGGGGGAUUUUGACAGUUUGCUGAAAGUCAAGACUAAGCAAGCGUCUGUCCUUGAUGAUGGUUUCAGCAGUAUACAAAUGGACAUGUUCACUGUGUAGGAGUGAAACAAGACCCCUUGUUUGAAAAGACUUUAACUACAGUUCCAAAGUUUCUCUAUCCCAGAAAAAAUACAGUACCAAAUUAUUGACUCAGGAUUGUUGUUCCCAUAAUGAUAUGCUGGCAAAAUAUGGAUUUUGUGGACUUCUGUUGUAUGAACUUUUACUGUAUAUGAGGAAACGUAUAGAGGAAGGAAAAAAUCUUAAGUUCGUCUUGAACUCGAUUCAAACCAAAACUCUCAUGAUAGCAAGUUGGACCUAAAAUGGAUAGGUUUCCAAAUUCUAACGUGUGUCUUGUGGGACUGAUGAUCCAAUUUUUUUUUCUUAGUUUUAUUUAGUAUAUUUUUGUAGCUUUAAACUCUCAGGUUGGAACUUGACAUUUCUCAUGUUAAAAGCAGAAAGAAUCCCGGGUAAAUGGUGGCUUUACCAAAACAUAUCUAGCUUUAUAAUUACAUGUGUAUAGUGUAACAAGAAGUAAUACAACUGUUACUGAUCAAUGCACAUAUGGCUUUACCACUGAGGGAAUUUUUUGAUGAUGGUCAUGUAAAAUAUAUGCCCUGUGUUUGCCGAUUUGUAGUGUCACAAGCUUACUGAACUCAUUCUUCCUAGUGAAAUAUGCUAACAAUGCUGUGCCAACACCCACUUUCUCCCUGUUCUGCUGACAAUGCCCAUUUCUAAAAAGAUGAUAAUCCUAGUUUUGAUAGGCUUUUAUUCUGAUAUUGUGAAUAAAACUGUCUUCAUUUGUGAACUGCUAUACUGUUACGGUUUGUGCUUGUGUUUGGACUACAGUGCACUUCAGCCUUUUUAUCUCAUGUGGGUUUUAAUUUAUUUUUAUGUUUAUCUACACUGUUCAUUACUUCAUAGAGAUAUUUAUUUUAUUUGUUUAAUGCAC